UGCGAGAUAAAACUGCCACUUAGAGCCCAGGAGCACUAAACCUUCCUGGGCUGGCCUGGGGGCCUGAGUGGAGUGAUGGGUUCUCCAGCCCUGUGGCUGUGUGCUCUCUUGUGCCUGGUGGUUCACUCAGUCUCUGGCAGUCCCAUCAUGAGCCUUGAGCAGUCACCUCUGGAAGAAGAUAUGCCCCUCUUUGACGACGUCUUCUCGGAGCAAGAUGGUGUCGACUUUAACAUGUUGCUGCAGAGCAUGAAGGAUGAGUUUCUCAAAACACUGAACCUGUCUGACAUCCCCAUGCAGGAUUCAGCUAAGGUUGACCCACCAGAGUACAUGCUGGAACUCUACAACAAAUUUGCGACAGACCGCACCUCUAUGCCCUCUGCCAACAUCAUCAGGAGUUUCAAGAAUGAAGAUCUGUUUUCCCAACCAGUCAGUUUUAAUGGACUCCGAAAAUACCCUCUCCUCUUCAAUGUGUCCAUCCCUCACCAUGAAGAGGUCAUCAUGGCUGAACUUAGGCUCUAUACACUGGUGCAAAGAGAUCGCAUGAUAUACGAUGGAGUGGAUCGGAAAAUUACCAUUUUUGAAGUACUAGAGAACAGAGAGGAAAACGAGGGUGAAAGAAACAUGCUUGCCUUGGUUUCAGGGGAGAUCUAUGGAACCAACAGUGAGUGGGAGACUUUUGAUGUCACCGAUGCCAUCAAACGUUGGCAAAAGUCAGGCUCAUCCACCCACCAGCUAGAGGUCCACAUUGAGAGUAGACAUGACGAAGCUGAGGAUGCUGGCAGGGGACAACUGGAAAUAGACACCAGUGCCCAGAAUAAGCACGACCCUUUGCUCGUUGUGUUUUCUGAUGACCAAAGCAGUGACAAGGAACGGAAAGAAGAACUGAAUGAAAUGAUUGCCCAUGAGCAACUUCCGGAGCUGGACAACCUGGGACUUGAUGGGUUUUCCAGUGGACCUGGGGAAGAGGCUUUGCUACAGAUGAGGUCCAACAUCAUCUAUGACUCCACUGCCCGAAUCAGAAGGAAUGCCAAAGGAAACUACUGCAAGAGGACCCCACUCUAUAUCGACUUCAAGGAGAUUGGGUGGGACUCCUGGAUCAUUGCUCCACCUGGAUAUGAAGCCUAUGAAUGCCGUGGUGUCUGCAACUACCCUCUAGCAGAGCAUCUCACUCCCACUAAGCAUGCAAUUAUCCAGGCAUUAGUUCAUCUCAAGAAUUCCCAGAAGGCUUCCAAAGCCUGUUGUGUGCCCACAAAGCUAGAGCCCAUUUCCAUCCUCUAUCUAGACAAAGGUGUCGUUACCUACAAGUUUAAAUAUGAAGGCAUGGCUGUCUCUGAAUGUGGUUGUAGAUAGGAGUCUUGUGCUUAUUUAAUAACUGUAAAUGUGUAUAUUUCGUGUUCCUAUUUAAUGAGAUUAUUUAAUAAGGGUGUACAGAUAAGAGAGGCUUACUGCCUUAGGAAAAUGAACAGGUCAGUUUGUUGGAGAAGAUGCAUAUUUUGUUAUAUAGUCUUGUCCCUUCCAAUCUGUUUGUCUUUGGACUUGCAAUUUCCAUGUAGAGCCAUCUCUCACACCACUGGCAAGUCCACACUACUUAUUCCCAUGUCAAUUUUAAAACAACAACCCAGAAACAAAAUAUUGUGUCAAAAGACACAUAUUUGUUUAUAUAUAUGUACUUACAUGAAUUUAUUAAAAUCUUUUGGUUCUAUAGAGGCAGAUUAAACUCAUAUACACACAUGACCCACUCAAAUAUAUUAAAGGCCAAUUAUAAUUUUUCAUUUAUCUACUCUCUGAGUAGAAUUUUUUGAAGGUAAUUCACUUCAGGAAUUUAACAAUCUUAGGAAGUCUUACAUUUCCUAAAUCAUCUGGAAAUGUAAGUAUAGUUGAGUAGAGCUAUCACUUGAAUUCCCACCAUUGUUCAAAGCAGCAAGGCCUGGCAAAUAAAGGAGGCCUGAAGUGAGGGGUUAUUUGAUACAGAAACCAAAUGGCUUCAAGAGACAGUGGCUUUAUAGGUACAAUGACAAAGAAUGAAUCCAGAGGGACUAGCAUGCUCUAGAGGGCAGUGCCCCAUUAAGAAAGGCAUAGAGAGGGAACUUCAGGUUGAAAUCUGUUCCUGAGAUGAUAGAAAGGAAGCCCAAGCUCAUUGUGUUGGUCUUUCUUGCUGCGGAGGGUGGAGGAUGUGAGUGGGAGCUCCUAGGGGAGAAGAAGAAAGGAUGUAGAUGCUAUCCUUGGAUGUGUUUGUAAAAUCAUAAACAGUGCUCACUGGAGUCUUAAAUCUUUUGGACAAAAUAAAAUUAUCGAAGACCAAGAGGAGGAAAAUCAAGAGGGACCUGUUUGUUGGACUCUUCACUUUGUAAUAUUUUUAUUCACUUCAUACCCUGUCCUCCUUGCCUCUGUGUCUCUGCUUUUACUCUUUUCUACUUCCUUCCUUCCCUUUUUUCUUUGUCCUCAUGCCUCAUAUCCUUUUCCUAUCCCUGUGUUCCCUGUCUUUACUAACCUUUAUUACCCACGCUGUGGUCUAAAAGCAUUUGCUCUCUGGAUGAAGGGAAUUAGUAUUCUAAUUGUUAGGUUCCACCCCCAACCCAAUAUUUACUGUGAUUUGAUUUUAAUAAUAUCCUGGGACCAGCAAAUGCCAUAAUGGUUACAUUGCUGGACUCCCACAUAGUUGACCACAG